UCUCCCGCCUUCUCGUCACCCCUCUCCCUGGGGUAGUCGGCGCCUGGCGUGCCGACUUCAACCACCAGACGUGCCCUCCGUCGCCGCCGCCGCCGGUGGUGGUGGUGGUGGUUGUUGUUGUUGUUGAGUAGUGGGGGGGCCCGCAAACCCACACAACCCCAGCGCCCCCCCCCCCCCACGGCCGCUUUGAGAGAAGGGGGGGGGCCCGGUUGAGGAGAUUCCCCCCCCUCACCUCCAACCAAACACUCCCGGGUGGCUCCCCAGGUGGCCGACCGAACCCGGCCGGCCUGCAGGUGAGGAGGGGACCGCAGAGUUAGAGGCGGGGAGCGGCCGACGUCUUUGUAUGACGGGGGGACUGGUUUCGCCACCGGCACCACCACCACCACCGCCACCACCAUAAGACGAAGACAAAUCCUUAACGGACUGUUGGGGGCAAGCGCUGUUGGCGAGCGCCACCACCACCGCCACCACCGAAAGACAAAUCCUUACCGGACUGUUGGGGGCAAGCCCUGUUGGCAAGUGCCACCACCACCGCCACCACCGAAAGACAAAUCCUUACCGGACUGUUGGAGGCAAGCCCUGUUGGCAAGCGCCACCACCACCGCCACCACCGAAAGACAAAUCCUUACCGGACUGUUGGGGGCAAGCGCUGUUGGCGAGCGCCACCGCCGCCACCGCCGUCACCGCCGGUCCCCACCCCCGCCAUCGCCGCCGCCGCCGCCUUCGCCGUCCGCCACCUGCGGGGCCGGAUGGCGUGGUGCUGGUGGUGCCGCUGCCCGUCGUCCCGCCCGCUGAUACUGCUCCUGCUGGCGCUGGGCGUGGUGCAGCUGUGCGCUCUGCUGCUGCACGUGGGCGGCUACGGCCGGGCCCUGCGCGACGCCGUCGCCUCGGCGUUUGCCGGCUCCGACUACGACUACGACUACUCGCGCCGCGUCGAUGUCUACGCCAACCUGAGCCGCCUGCUGCUGGCGCCGCGGGACGGUCCGGUGCCCCUGUGUCCCGAGCGGUCGCCGCUCCUCGUGGGGCCCAUAGACAUCGACUUUGAGAGGCACCAGCAGCUGAGCGAGAUCGCUCGGCACAACCCGCUGGUGCGUGCCGGCGGCGUCUACUCCCCGCCCGACUGCCACGCGCGGCACCGCACCGCCGUGGUGGUGCCGCACCGCAACCGCGAGCACCACCUGCUCCACCUGCUCUACUACCUGCACCCCGUGCUGCAGCGGCAGCAGCUGCACUACACCAUCUACGUCGUCCACCAGGCCGGCAACGAGACGUUCAAUCGCGCCAAGCUCAUGAACGUGGGCUUCCGCGAGGCGAUGGCCGACGACGAGUGGAGCUGCGUCUUCUACCACGAUGUGGACCUGGUGCCCGAGAACGACCACAACGUCUACACGUGCGACAGCAACCCCAAGCACAUGUCGGCCGCGAUGGACAAGUUCAAGUACAGACUGCCAUAUCUGCGGUAUUUUGGCGGCGUGUCUGCGCUGAGCCCCGAGCACUACCUCAAGAUGAACGGAUUCCCCAACACCUACUGGGGCUGGGGAGGGGAGGACGACGACAUCGCCCACCGGGUGACCCUGGCCAAGAUGAAGAUCGUGAGGCCUCCAAUGAGCGUCGCCCGCUACAAGAUGGUCAAGCACCGUGGAGACCAGGGCAACGAGGAGAACCCGCACAGGUUCACGCUGCUGGCGCACACGCGACGCAUGUGGAACGUGGACGGGAUGAACACGCUGUCGUACCGCCUGCUGUCACGCGUGCGCUCACCGCUCUACACCAACAUCACUGUCGACAUCGGCAAGGAGAAGCAGUAGCCGGCGUCCGCCGCAACCAUGGCGACAGCAACCCGAAGCGACCCGGAGCGAUGGCGACUACCGCAAGAACGCGGCAACGGCGGCAGCCUGCGGUGACCGCCGGCCGGGAGGGACGUGGGGCACGGACGAUUCCGGCAGGGUUUCAACCGUACCGGCCGGCAAAACCCUGCCGCUAAACCGCUGAGCUUAAACCACCGUGCGCGGCUAAAGCUGUGCUGCUGAACCGUAACCCCCGAAGCGUGAACUUGAGCCGUGCGUGUGCUGAGCCCUCUCCGUCAAACCACGGCACUCAACCCUGCCGCUAAACCCUAUCGCUAAACCUCAGCCAAUAAACCGACCGCUAAAACCUAUCGCUAAACCGACCGCUAAACCCUACUGCUAAACCUUACUGCUAAACCCUACUGCUAAACCCCUACUGCUAAACCCCUACUGCUAAACCCCUACUGCUAAACCCCUACUGCUAAACCCUACCGCUAAACCCCUACUGCUAAACCCUACUGCUAAACCCCUACUGCUAAACCCUACCGCUAAACCCUACCGCUAAACCCCUACCGCUAAACCCUACCACUAAACCCAAUCACUAAACCUCAUAGCUAAACCCUACCACUAAACCAAACCAGCCGCUAAACCCUACAGCGCAACUAGACUCUUGAGCCUUGCCCAUAUACCAUACCGCUGAAUCUUGGCACUAAGCCCUACAGCUAAACCGCAACGCUAUACCAAACUGCUAAACCAUACCCCGAAACUCUACCCAAUUAACCCGAACCCCUAACCGCACACUGCUAAAGCCUGCUUGUUAGACGACACUAAAAUCGCGCCCACAAAACCGAGCGCUACGGGACCCCUCCCCUAAACCACAACUCUAUAUAAAUCCUACUGCCAAACGAGAGAGAGGCGGAGAGGGAGACCGAGAGAGAGACCGAGAGAGAGGCAGAGAGGGAGACACGCACCGCAAACUCCGUGCACUAAGAGGAGGGAGGGGAGGGGAAUAUCUCGCCGCCACCCACGUGCUAGACCAAAUAAAAAUGGGGGGCAGAGUCGAAAUAAUAUCCCCUCGAUGUCGGCUUCGGGGCCCUGGAAAUGUUCCGCAGGCCGUUGGAAGAAGGCCCUCCCCCGGCGUUCCCCCCGGGCCGGUCCCUUUCACUUCUUCGCGGGCCAGGCCAACAUUCGGGCCCCUUUUGGCCUCGACCACCGACCUCGAUGGCCAACGUGAACUGGGCGUGUCCGCUAGUGUGAAGUGGGCGUGUCCGUUAGUGUGAACUGGGCGUGUCCGUUAGUGUGAACUGGGCGUGUCCGCUGGCGUGAACUGGGCGUGUCCGCUGGUGUGGACUGGGCGUGUCCGCUGGUGUGAACUGGGCGUGUCCGCUGGUGUGGACUGGGCGUGUCCGCUGGUGUGAGCUGGGCGUGUCCGCUGGUGUGAACUGGGCGUGUCAGCUGGUGUGGACUGGGCGUGUCCGCUGGUGUGAGCUGGGCGUGUCCGCUGGUGUGAACUAGGCGUGUCCCCUGGUGUGAACUGGGCGUGUCCCCUGGUGUGAACUGGGCGUGUCCGCUGGUGUGAACUGGGCGUGUCCUCUGGUGUGAACUGGGCGUGUCCGCUGGUGUGAACUGGGCGUGUCCGCUGGUGUGAACUGGGCGUGUCCGCUAGUGAACUGGGCGUGUCCGCUAGUGAACUGGGCGUGUCCGCUGGUGUGAACUGGGCGUGUCCGCUGGUGUGAACUGGGCGUGUCCGCUGGCGUGAACUGGGCGUGUCCGCUAGUGUGAAGUGGGCGUGUCCCCUGGUGUGGACUGGGCGUGUCCGCUAGUGUGAACUGGGCGUGUCCGCUAGUGAACUGGGCGUGUCCGCUGGCGUGAACUGGGCGUGUCCGCUGGUGUGAACUGGGCGUGUCCUCUGGUGUGAUCUGGGCGUGUCCGCUGGUGUGAACUGGGCGUGUCCGCUAGUGAACUGGGCGUGUCCGCUAGUGAACUGGGCGUGUCCUCUGGUGUGAUCUGGGCGUGUCCGCUAGUGUGAACUGGGCGUGUCCUCUGGCGUGAACUGGGCGUGUCCUCUGGUGUGAUCUGGGCGUGUCCACUAUUGAACUGGGCGUGUCCGCUGGUGCGAACUGGGCGUGUCCGCUAGUGUGAACUGGGCGUGUCCGCUGGUGGGAACUGGGCGUGUCCGCUAUUGUGAACUGGGCGUGUCCGCUAGUGAACUGGGCGUGUCCGCUAUUGUGAACUGGGCGUGUCCGCUGGUGGGAACUGGGCGUGUCCGCUAGCGUGAACUGGGCGUGUCCGCUAGUGAACUGGGCGUGUCCGCUAGCGUGAACUGGGCGUGUCCGCUGGUGGGAACUGGGCGUGUCCGCUGG